CCGCCACAAACAGAGGACCUGAUUACCCCAGCACUGAGGGGAUAUGGAGGAGCUGCUAAAGGCUGUAAAUAAACGGGUUUCUGACUGAAAUAUCGCUGCUAAUCUGACGGAAGAUGGUAAAGCAGACUAUCCAGAUCUUCGCCCGGGUUAAACCGGCAGGAAAAGCCCCGGCGGUGUACUCUGCGGAUAAUGAGGAGCAGGGUGGAGGCAGACUGGAGUUCGUCGUUCCGAGAGAUCUCGCAGAUGGCUUCGUUAACAACAAGAGGGAGAGCUACAGAUUCAGAUUCCAGAAGGUUUUUGAUCAAACAGCCAAGCAAGACGACAUUUUUAAGAUGAUUGCCAAGCCUGUAGCUGAUAAUGUGCUGGCAGGAUACAAUGGCACAAUCUUUGCCUAUGGGCAGACCGGCAGCGGCAAGACCUUCACCAUCACCGGUGGUGCUGAGAGCUACAGUGACCGAGGAAUCAUCCCCAGAACCCUGUCUUACCUCUACCAGCAUUUCAGCCAGGACAGCAGCAAGGUGUACACCACUCACAUAUCUUACCUGGAGAUCUACAAUGAGGUGGGAUACGACCUUCUGGAUCCCCGACAUGAAGCAUCCAACCUGGAGGACUUACCGAAAGUGACAAUUAUGGAAGAUCCUGACCAAAACAUUCACCUCAAGAAUCUGUCAUUGCAAGCAUCAGCCAAUGAAGAAGAGGCUUUAAAUUUGCUGUUCCUGGGUGACACCAAUCGCAUGAUUGCAGAGACCCCCAUGAAUCAGGCCUCCACACGCUCCCACUGCAUCUUCACCGUUCACCUGUGCGUCCGUGAGCCGGGCUCGGCGACUGUGUGCCGCUCCAAACUCCACCUGGUAGAUCUGGCUGGUUCUGAGAGAGUGGGAAAGACGGGUGUGGGGGGGCAGAUCCUAACUGAGGCCAAGUAUAUCAACCUGUCCCUGCACUACCUAGAGCAGGUCAUCACAGCUCUCUCGGAGAAGAACCGUUCUCACAUCCCGUACCGCAACUCCAUGAUGACCUCUGUUCUCAGAGACAGUCUGGGGGGAAACUGCAUGACCACCAUGAUUGCCACUGUGUCAGUGGAUAAGAGGAACAUCGAUGAGUCUAUUUCCACAUGCCGCUUUGCUCAGAGAGUGGCCCUGAUUAAAAACGAAGCUCUACUGAAUGAGGAGCUGGAUCCAGCACUUUUGAUUGCUCGUCUGAAGAAGGAGAUCCAGAGCUUAAAGGCGGAGCUGGCCAUGGUGACUGGAGAGCAAAGAAGUGAUGAGCUAACUGCUGAGGAGAUCCAGAGGUUGGAGGAGCAGGUAAAGGUGUUUUUGGAUGAUCAUGACCUUGACGGAACUCUAGACCUCGGGCCAGACAUGAGAAAAAUACACUACUGCUUUUCGCUUCUAAAGGCGAGGGUGCAGGAGAAGCCGAGUCUUCAGAUCGGGACAGAUACCAGCAGUCCUCUGUCAUUAUCGGACAGGCAUGACCGCCAAACCAGCGCUGAAGAGCUGCUGAAACUGAAGGACAUGCUAACUCAGCGCGACAACGAGAUCAUCUCGUCAGGUAUACUCGUGAGCAUGCUGAAGAAGGAGAAGAAGAAGGUUCAGGAAGCCAGCGCUCAGAUAGCGAACUUCUCCAGCAGAGAUACGGCCUUCAGUAACUCCUCCUCCAGCAGCACUCCUGCUGAGAAGAGACUGACAGGUGAAGCUUCAGAGAGCUUCACACAAACUCAGCAUCUAAAGACCAGACCAAGAGGGCCAGAGCUGUCUAUGGGCCGACAAGAAGCAUUUGAGAUCUUUAGGAGAGAUCAUGAGGAUCGCCUGAGUAUUGACGACAAUAAGGCCAUACUGAAGCAGAGGUUUGCAGAAGCUAAAGCACUGGGGGAACAGGUUAACCAGGCCAGGAACAGAGUCAAUGAGCUGAAGAAACAGUUGGAGGUGAGACGGAUGCAGAUAGCAGCGGAGGGUGUAGUAAAAGAUCAGCCAAAUUCAGAAUCAGACCCUCUAGAGGAGAGAUUGCGCAGCCAGAUUGAAGAGGAGAAGAAAAGUUAUAAGAGCACCUUUGGACGUUUAAAAGGCUUGAAGACUGAGAUUGAGCAUCUACAGCACCUGCUUCAGAAGUCAAAGAUCAGGCUGCAGAGGGACUUUCAGGACUGGUGGACGCAGGAAGCCUCAAGGCUACAGCAGGACCAAAAACCAGAAAGUGCAGAAGUGAGGCAGAGUCAGGAGAGCUCUCUCUUCACCUCUUCAUCCAGUUCAUAUGAUCGAGCCAUCAACACACAAGAGAGGAAACCCAGUGAUGUAACUGCUCCAUCUCCAAGAGAACUGAGAGCCUUGUCUUCUUCUGGCCUGAACUCUACAUCUAUCCCAAUGACUGGAGACCAGCAGACUGACGCAGAUAUACUGGCCUUUAUUAAAGCCAGACAAAGCCUGCUCACCAGAUCAGGUCUGGCACCAAAAUGAAGAGUUCAGAAAACAGGAUAAACACAGUGUAGACAAACCUGAGGUUUGAUUACACACUUCAAAUGAAUUUUCGUAAUGACAUGAUGCUUACUGCAUUGGAACUGUUUGGACUUUGGCACAGCCAUAAUGCAGGGGCUCUGAUUGGUCCUGCAUACUAAAGGUGGUGCCACUUUGAUCUGAGGGUUGCUGGGUCAAAUCCUGGAUUAUGCUACUUGCCAUCAUCAGCGGCCAGACUCUGAGCGAGCACAACUGGCCAUGCUGUCUCUGGGUGGGUAGAUGGCACUCUCUCCCCUCAUCACUCCUACGGUGAUGGCGGCUGCACUUUCUUCUGAGCGUGCUGGCUGCCUGGUAAUGCUGCAUCAGCAGUGGUUCGAAAAAGAGGCGGAGUCUGACUUUACAUGUGUCCAGAGGAGGCUUGUGCUUGUCUUCACUCUCCUUGUGUUUGAGGCAUUGCUAGUGAUAGGGGGAGUAAUUGACCUAGCAAAAUUGGGGAUAAAAAUGGGAUAGAAAUAUUAAUAAAACGAGCAUAAUGGACCAUGAAUUAAUGAGUAAUUAUUUUUAGUAACUUAAACAUCUAAACUAGACUAAACUAAACUAAAUUUAAUAACAGAUCUAAAGAGUUACUCUAAUUUAUAAUACUGUUUGGAGUUAAACAAACACACAUCUUUAAGUUAACAGACAAACCACAAUUACUUAACAUUCAAAAUGUGGUGUACCUGAAAUAUUUAAGUUACAGUAAUUAAUGAUUAAAGUAACUAAAUAGGGCACACACCCAGUCUGCAAAAAGAUUGUGACAGAAGCCAAUGGAAAAGAAACUGCCAAUGGUAACAGACUAAACUAACUCAGUUAUUAUACAUUUGGUUUAACUCAGAGAUCUCAGUUUAAAUGUAUAUAUGUGCCCACAAAUGUUCAUCUAACUCAAAAUAGUUGAGUAUUGUUUAGAAAUAUCAGAUUUUAAGUUCAAACAACUUAUGGGUUUACAGUGUAGGACUAGAAACUGGAUCCAGGGUCCAGAUUUAAAGACCUCUAGUUUAUUACAUUAAAUCUGUUUCUUUAAUGUCACAGUAUUGAGUCUUCUAAGUGACGGAUGGGCACAAAAAAACACAGGAGAUACAGUAUUACUUGAGUUUCUCUUUGCCUUUGAAAUUGAUGUUGGUUUUGCUAUUUAUAGAUUUAUGUUUAUGAGUAAAAUGAACAUUAUUGUUUUAUUCUAUAAACUACAGACAACAUUUAUCUCAAAUUCCCCCAAAAAUAUUGACAUUUAGAGCAUUUAUUUGCAGAAAAUGAGAAAUGGCUGAAAAAACAAAAAAGACGCAGAUAAUGCAAAUAAUGCAAAAAAAUAUUUGGUGGAAUAACCCUGUUUUUUAAUCACAGUUUUCAUGCAUCUUGGCAUGUUCUCCUCCACCAGUCUUACACACUGCUUUUGGAUAACUUUAUGUCUUUACUCCUGGUGCAACAAUUCAAGCAGUUCAGCUUGGUUUGAUGGCUUGUGAUCAUCCAUCUUCCUCUUGAUUAUAUUCCAGAGGUUUUUAAUGAGAAAUCUUGUCAUUUUUACAUGGUCUCUUUAUUCUUUUCCAAAGAUUGUACUCUGUAUUUUGCACAGUGCUGUAUAUUAUGUGUUAUUAUAACAUACAUAGCUUAAACAGCCUGGCUUUAGCGUGCUGUCUCGCUGCCUAAUGGAAGAGAAGGUUCCGGAAAGUGAUGCUCGGAUGUCUCCGCAGUCGGCCGUAGCCUAGCAGCAGCAUAAAUCACUGGUGCAGGCACUUAUCCAACCUGAGCAAAUGUUUUCACAAGCUAUCACACUGCGCUAACUGGAUCAGGUGUCUGUCACCCUGCCAAGACCCGGACCUGUUUACUCGAGUCAUCAGGUCGUGGGUUUUAUUUGUUUUUUUCUUUUAUUUUAUGAGCGUGUUGAUCUAUUGAUCUUCUUUUCUAUCUGCUGUGUAUGAAAGUAAUUCCCGUCUAAUACAGGCACUUUCCGUGUCAUUGUUAUGUCAACUUGUUCCGUCAUAAAACCCACCGCCUGCUGGGUCAGACUGUCAGCUUGUGACCAGCGAUAGAUGUGGCUUUUAACUGGUCCAGUGUCCUCUCCUGUUCGGCUAAUUACUGUAUGUCGUGUCUGAAACUGGACUCGGGAAAGAUCCCACCAACUGACACCAUUCUAUCAGAUUACUAACCAAUCAAUUAAUCAAUCAAUCAACCAAUUAAGCUUUAUUUUAACUCUGAGGUGCAGUGCAUUAAGGGUGACAAUCAUUUUCAAUAUGGUCAAGCGUUUAUAAUAAGCAGGGAUUGAAAGAAAAAAAUAAAAUAUAAAAAAAAUAUUUAAAGCAGCAGUCCCUAACAUUUAAAAUUGAUUUUAAAUUAAAAGCAGAAGUAUUCCUAAAGUAUACUCCUAUUCCUAAUGUCCUCACACAACCAUCCCAGUUAAAUUAAUCUAUAUUAAAAGUACUCUUCCAUAUGUUCUGUGCAGUUACACGUUCUCACCAUAGAGGUCCAAAUCCCCAAAACUUACAGACUGCUACUUUAAUCCCCUCAGAUAAAAAAAACUAUAUAGGGAAAAUAUGCUAAUUAAACACAUGACAAAAAAAAAAA